GCCGGAAGGCGACGGCCAGAGCUGACGCGGCGGACCGGCCAGAGCUCCGGCCGCCAUGGAGAGGGACGGGGAGCAGCUGUCCGCGCGCCCGGCUCUCGAGUCGGAAGGGCUACGCUUCCUGCACGUCACUGUGGGCUCCCUGCUGGCCACCUACGGCUGGUAUAUCGUCUUCAGCUGCAUCCUUUUGUACGUGAUCUUUCAGAAGCUCUCCACCCGCCUGCGGGCCUUGAGGCAGAGGCAGCUGGACCGGGCCGCGGCUGCUGUGGAACCCGAUGUUGUUGUGAAACGACAAGAGGCCUUAGUGGCUGCUCGUCUGAAAAUGCAGGAAGAAUUAAAUGCACAAGUUGAAAAGCAUAAGGAAAAACUGAGACAGCUUGAGGAAGAAAAAAGGAGACAGAAGAUCGAAAUGUGGGAGAGCAUGCAAGAAGGAAAAAGUUACAAAGGCAAUGCUAGAAAGCCUCAGCAGGAAGAAGACAGCCCAGGGCCUUCUACCUCCAUAGGCAUUCCCAAGCGAAAGCCAGACAGAAAGCCUUUGCGUGGAGGGGGCUACAACCCUUUGUCUGGGGAAGGAGGUGGUACAUGCUCCUGGAGACCUGGACGCAGAGGCCCAACAACUGGUGGAUGAGGCUAAGAACCUUGCUGGUGUCCUCCCCCCCUUGACAUCAAGCAAGGUGAAACCCUUCAAAGCCUCCCCUCCCCCCUUUCAAUUGCCUUACGCACACUUUUUUCACAGUGACUAAAAAAGCCUAGAGGCCAUCCAGGUUCUGUCCUAGCCUCCAACACCUAUUACAACCACAAUUUAAAGGAGUUUUUAAAAAAAAAAAACAAAGCAGCAAAGGCAUAUCAAGCAACAAAGCUAUUCAAAUAUUUGAAAACUCCUUACUGCUAAGGACAGUCUCUGUGACAGGUUGCGUUGAAUGAUGUCUUCCUUGUAAACGGUGAAGUCCACCAGCAAGGAUUACUGAAGCUGACAACUGUUGAUGGGGUUUGGGUUUUUCUCCCCUCCCUAUUUAUGUUCAUUGUACAGACAAACCUUUGGGAAAUAAACUAGGAAAAACU